AUGGAGGCCAUCAACGUGAACCCUCCUGCAUACAGGAACGAGAAAGUCGAAGAGACCAAGUACACCUCGGACUAUGAGGAGGAGGGCCAACUUAAGACUGGCCAGGUUGCAGAUGCCUUUGGAAACGAGGAGUCGGCAGAAAUCAAAUAUAAGACGUUGAAGUGGUGGCAAUGCGGCUUGCUCAUGAUUUGCGAAUCCGUGUCGCUCGGUGUGCUAUCCCUGCCAGCUGCUGUGGCUACUCUGGGUCUUGUCCCAGCUGUCAUUUUAAUUGUCGGUCUCGGUCUCCUUGCGACAUACACUGGAUACAAUAUUGGGUUAUUUAGAGAGAGAUAUCCAAAAAUCCAGAACCUUGCGGAUGCCGGAGAGAUCCUGAUGGGACCUUUUGGCCGGGAGCUCUUCGGUCUUGGUCAAUUCUUAUUUUUCAUCUUUGUCAUGGGAAGCCAUAUCCUGACUUUUCGGGUCAUGAUGAACACUAUCACUGAGCACGGCACCUGCUCGAUCGUCUUUAGUGUCGUUGGCAUGGUUAUUUCCAUCGUCCUCUCGAUCCCUCGCACGAUGAAGGGACUGACAUGGAUUUCGUUUGUCUCAUUCCUCAGCAUUUUUGGCGCCGUCAUGAUUACCAUGAUCUCUGUGGGUGUGCAAGAUCACCCCGGCCGCAUUAUCGAGGCGACAGUCGAUACUACUCUCUACUCCGGAUUCCAGGCUGUUUCCAACAUAGUUUUUGCCUACUGCGCCCACGUUGCCUUUUUCGGCCUGAUCGCCGAAAUGGAAACCCCCAGAGAUUUCAAGAAGUCGCUGUUCAUGCUUCAAUCCUUUGAGAUUUGCUUGUAUCUCACUGCUGCCGUGGUGAUUUACUACUUUGUCGGCAAAGACGUAGCAUCGCCGGCUCUGAUUUCUGCGGGCCCUGUGAUGAAGAAGGUUGCUUUCGGCAUUGCCAUUCCUACGAUUGUUGGAGCUGGUGUGGUCAACGGCCACGUUGGUCUCAAGUACAUCUAUUUCCGUCUUUGCCACAAGUCAGAUCUGAUCCACAGCCGAAGCAAACGCUCUGUCGGAAUCUGGAUCGGGCUCGGUGUGUCUUGCUGGAUUGUCGCCUGGAUCAUCGCAGAGGCCAUUCCUGUGUUCAGUGACCUGAACGGGUUGAUCAGCGCGCUCUUCGCCAGUUGGUUCAGCUAUGGGCUCAGUGGUGUCUACUGGCUUCAUUUGAACUAUGGGCAGUGGUUCGCCAGCCCUCGAAAGAUCUUGCUCACCAUCCUCAACAUCUCCAUUGGCCUGUUCGGUCUGGCCCUCUGUGUCUUGGGCUUAUAUGCAUCAGGCACGGCCAUCCAUAAUGAUAAGAGCAGCAGCAGCUUCAGCUGUGCCAAUACGGACGCUUAA